UAUCUUGGUGCCGUGGAGAUCUUCCGCACCUCAACAGCGGAGCCCCAAACGCAGGGAAUUUCCUGGACGUAUAUGAAGGAUAUGUCGCAUUACAUGGCUCUGUGGAAGCAGCCACAAACAGUCAUCUUUGACCUACCAAAUAUUGUCGAUCCUACCACGACACCCCCUCUGACCGGCACUUACAAUGCCACCCUCACCGCCAGCUUCUUCAACGCCUCUCAAUCCGUCAGCCCCGCAGACACCAUCAUCCCCAUUUCUGCCCGCCAGUCAGACAACGCCAACUCCUCCUCUUCCUCCUCCCAGCCCAGCGUGUUCACCAUUCCCUCCCCGGACGUGAGCGCCUCCAACGUGAUCACAAACUUCCCACGCAAUGUCGCCCGCGCCAUCUUCUCCGUGUCUGCGACAGGGCAGGCCAACGAGGAAUUCUGGUGGUCCAACGUCCUGCAGUCCGACACACAGACAUAUAACGCCUCGUCCGUGACAUUAUUCGGUUAUUCACCCUUUAGGGAAGUGCAGGUCCUCAUUGACGACCAGUUGGCGGGUGUGCAGUGGCCCUUCCCCGUCAUCUUCACCGGUGGUGUCGUCCCGUCCUUGUGGUCACCCUUGGUUGGCAUCGAUGCCUUCGAUCUCAAGGAGGGUGAAAUUGACAUAUCCCCGUGGCUGGGCUUACUCUGCGAUGGGCAGCCGCAUAAUAUCUCCAUCCGUGUAGUGGGGCUGAAUGACGACGGCAGCACAAACGCGAUAUUGUCACCAAAUACUGGCGACGACUGGGAGGUUACGGGCAAGAUUUUUGUCUGGCUCGACGCAGACGCCGGCGCCAUCACGACAGGCGCACCUCCCACUGUCUCUGGGCAACUUCCCACCAUCGCAGUGAGCCAAACACUGGCGACCAAUACCACUGGCUACAACGACACACUAAGAUACACAACGUCCGUCUCGCGGGACUUCAGUGUCUCGGGAUCCAUCGUCACAUCAUCCGGCACGCAGACUUUGUCUUGGACGCAGGCCCUCUCUCAUACCGACGACGGGACGCUCUCAAACGUCGGCAGCAACCAGAUCGUCACCAUUACAACACAUGGCACGGAUACGUCCACCACUCCCAACAACGGCUUCGUCUCUACGUACACUUACCCUCUUCACGCGAACAUAACCUCUGAGGUCCUCACCAACGGAACAACACGCGUCUCUGCCUUGCUCUCCCGCACUAAGAGCGUCAAUCGCACCGCAGGGCCCGACGGCGGCGAAGGCUUCGUCUCGCCCAGCGGACUGCAGCUCUUUGCGGAGCUGCCCACGACAGCGGACCUGGUGGGCCGGAUCACGGAGACGUCGUUUACCACGACGCAGAGCGGGACUGCGGUGCUGUUGGUGCCUGUGGAUGGGAACAGCACGGGCUAUGGUGGCCAGAGCCAGAUGAUGCGGUUUGGCGGUGGGACGGCGGCGGGCGUGCUGGGCGACGAGCCGGAUACUGAGUUGUAUUUUCGAGAUGUCAGUGUGAAUAGUACUGGGGCAGUGCUGAGUGAUGUUGAGAGGUUGGCUGGAGGGGAUGUUGUGGGGAUGAGGCUGCCUGCCACAGGCGAGUGA